GUCCCGCCCCCAGCCAGAGUCAUUGGCCCACACCCCGGUAGCCACUAGCCAGCCGAGACAUCAUGUAGUUGAGGCAACGGAGCGGAGGAAGGAAGGAAAGAAAAAGCAGCAAAGCCUCAGUUUCGCCUCGAAGUGGAGGACGGAUCCUCCCGGUGAGCUCACCCGCCACACGACGGGACGCAAGGCGAAUAACAACCAGCAGAUUAACCGUCUCGUUUAGUCGUCAAGAACAUCAAUUUCCUGGCCGGGUGAGACGACCACAACACGGGGUCGCCUCCAGACAAGCAGCGUCCAGGAUGAACCACUUAUCCUUCAGCGAGCUUUGUUGCCUCUUCUGUUGUCCGCCGUGCCCCAGCAAGAUAACGGCCAAGCUGGCCUUCCUGCCUCCCGAGCCCACCUACAGCCUCAUGUGUGACGAGAGCGGCAGCCACUGGUCCCUGCAUCUCUCCGAGCGCGCAGACUGGCAGUACUCGUCCCGAGAGAAGGAGGCCAUCGAGUGCUUCAUGACGCGCACCUCGAAGGGCAACCGCAUCGCGUGCAUGUUUGUGCGCUGCUCGCCCAGCGCCCGCUACACGCUUUUAUUCUCCCAUGGAAAUGCAGUGGACUUGGGCCAGAUGAGCAGCUUCUACAUCGGCCUGGGUUCUCGGAUCAACUGCAACGUGUUCUCCUACGACUACUCUGGUUACGGAGCCAGUUCGGGGAAACCCUCAGAGAAGAACCUGUAUGCUGAUGUCGACGCCGCCUGGCAUGCGCUGCGCUCACGGUACGGUAUCCGUCCAGAGAACGUCAUCGUGUACGGCCAGAGUAUUGGAACGGUGCCUUCUGUGGACCUGGCCUCCCGCUAUGAGAGUGCCGCAGUGAUCCUGCACUCGCCGCUCACCUCCGGCAUGAGGGUGGCCUUCCCUGACACCAAGAAGACUUACUGCUUUGACGCCUUCCCGAACAUCGACAAGAUUUCCAAGGUGACGUCGCCGGUCCUGGUCAUCCACGGCACGGAAGACGAGGUCAUCGACUUCUCCCACGGCCUGGCACUGUACGAGCGCUGCCAGCGUCCCGUGGAGCCGCUGUGGGUGGAAGGGGCCGGGCACAACGACGUGGAACUGUACGGACAGUACCUGGAACGGCUCAAGCAGUUUGUGGCGCACGAGCUGGUCAACCUGUAGAAGAGCCGAGGAACCGAAGCUGCGGAGAAAACACCGGUGGUACAUGUUUUUGGUUUAUCGUUACCUUGCUCUUUUUCUUGUCGUGUGGGAUAUAGGUGCUGUUUUCCUCCUUUUUUUUUUGGGAAGUUUUGGUGGUAGAAUUGAUCAUAAGCCACCUGUCCAGUUCAGGCCGGCCCCAGAGCCUGACCGUACCGUCCACUCCUCAGUUGUGAACUUGAAACACUAACUUCUACUUUUGUUUGUUUUUGAACAUCUUGCACAAUUGCACAAUGCUGAAGCGAGCGCCUCGCGUGUGAACCGCCCGUGUACGUGUGCAUACGUCACAUUUUUGCUGCCUUUUUGCAUACCAAGCUCCUCAGUUCCGAAAGAACACCUCUGAGGUUCUUGGUACUGGACUCCAAUAGUGUAAUUAUUAUUUUUGUAUUAUUAUUAUUACAGUACGUUUGUAUAUAUUAUACAUGAUGUUUGCACAUAUCAGCUGUCACUGAAGAUGCGUGUGAGACAAAAGGGUGUUGCCAAAUGUUUAGUAUAAUAUAUCGCAAAGAACUCCUUCCUGUCCUUUUUUGUUUUGUACCCCUCAAUAAUCUUGCAAAUUUUACUGUAAGAUCAGCUUCACUAUGCAGCAGUUUCUCAUAUGAACAAUUCCCAGAUCUUGCUUUUCUUUGGGUUGUAGAAUGUUGAAUCCAUAUAUAGGUCAGGGCUGUCCAAACUACGGCCCGCAAAACGUCCUUAGUUUAGUAAAGAAUCUGGCCCGUGGGGGGUUUUGAAACGUGUUUUGAAAAAUUACACAAACAACCUCCCUUAGUCAUGGCGCAAAGAGAAUGCGACCAACACCAAAAGUCAAGACACUUAUCACAACCUGCUCACUGAACUUUGUGGAUGUUAUAAAAAAGGACCAAGCACUAUACAUGAUUCAAAAUGACGCCCAGUGCUUGAUGGGAAAAAUGCAAAACGCUCUCUCCACACUUCUUUUGACUUUUUUGUAGGUAAUUGAGAAAAAUCUAUUUGGCACACUUAUCAAUAUUAGGCCCAUUAUACUGUUUGUAUAUGUUAUACAUGAUGUUUGCACAUAUCAGCUGUCACUGAAGAUGCGUGUGAGACAAAAGGGUGUUGCCAAAUGUUUAGUAUAAUAUAUCGCAAAGAACUCCUUCCUGUCCUUUUUUGUUUUGUACCCCUCACUAAUCUUGCAAAUUUUACUGUAAGAUCAGCUUCACUAUGCAGCAGUUUCUCAGAUGAACAAUUCCCAGAUCUUGCUUUUCUUUGGGUUGUAGAAUGUUGAAUCCAUAUAUAUAUAGGUCAGGGCUGUCCAAACUACGGCCCGCAAGACGUCCUUAGUUUAGUAAAGAAUCUGGCCCGUGGGGUGUUUUCAAACGUGUUUAAAAAAAUUGACACAGACAACCUCCCUUAGUCAUGGUGCAAAGAAAAUGCGACCGACACCAAAAGUCAAGACACUUAUCACAACCUGCUCACUGAACUUUGUGGAUGUUAUAAAAAAGGACCAAGCACUAUACAUGAUUCAAAAUGACGCCCAGUGCAUGAUGGGAAAAAUGCAAAACGCUCUCUCCACACUUCUUUUGACUUUUUUGUAGGUAAUUGAGAAAAUCUAUUUGGCACACUUAUCAAUAUUAGGCCCAUUAUACUGUUUGUAUAUAUUAUACAUGAUGUUUGCACAUAUCAGCUGUCACUGAAGAUGCGUGUGAGACAAAAGGGUGUUGCCAAAUGUUUAGUAUAUUAUAUCGCAAAGAACUCCUUCCUGUCUUUUUUUUUUUGUACCCCUCACUAAUCUUGCAAAUUUUACUGUAAGAUCAGCUUCAAUAUGCAGCAGUUUCUCAGAUGAACAAUUCCCAGAUCUUGCUUUUCUUUGGGUUGUAGAACGUUGAAUCCAUAUAUAGGUCAGGGCUGUCCAAACUACGGCCCGCAAGACGUCCUUAGUUUAGUAAAGAAUCUGGCCCGUGGGGUGUUUUGAAAUGUGUUUUAAAAAAUUACACAAACAACCUCCCUUAGUCAUGGCGCAAAGAAAAUGCGACCGACACCAAAAGUCAAGACACUUAUCACAACCUGCUCACUGAACUUUGUGGAUGUUAUAAAAAAGGACCAAGCACUAUACAUGAUUCAAAAUGACGCCCAGUGCAUGAUGGGAAAAAUGCAAAACGCUCUCUCCACACUUCUUUUGACUUUUUUGUAGGUAAUUGAGAAAAAUCUAUUUGGCACACUUAUCAAUAUUAGUCCCAUUAUACUGUUUGUAUAUAUUAUACAUGAUGUUUGCACAUAUCAGCUGUCACUGAAGAUGCGUGUGAGACAAAGGGGUGUUGCCAAAUGUUUAGUAUAAUAUAUCGCAAAGAACUCCUUCCUGUCCUUUUUUGUUUUGUACCCCUCACUAAUUUUGCAAAUUUUACUGUAAGAUCAGCUUCACUAUGCAGCAGUUUCUCAGAUGAACAAUUCCCAGAUCCUGCUUUUCUUUGGGUUGUAGAACGUUGAAUCCAUAUAUAGGUCAGGGCUGUCCAAACUACGGCCCGCAAGAAGUCAUUAGUUUAGUAAAGAAUCUGGCCCGUGGGGUGUUUUGAAAUGUGUUUUAAAAAAUUACACAAACAACCUCCCUUAGUCAUGGCGCAAAGAAAAUGCGACCGACACCAAAAGUCAUCACACUUAUCACAACCUGCUCACUGAACUUUGUGGAUGUUAUAAAAAAGGACCAAGCACUAUACAUGAUUCAAAAUUACGCCCAGUGCAUGAUGGGAAAAAUGCUAAAAGCUCUCUCCACACUUUUUUGACUUUUUUGUAGGUAAUUGAGAAAAUCUAUUUGGCACACUUACCAAUAUUAGGCCCAUUAUACUGUUUGUAUAUAUUAUACAUGAUGUUUGCACAUAUCAGCUGUCACUGAAGAUGCGUGUGAGACAAAGGGGUGUUGCCAAAUGUUUAGUAUAAUAUAUCGCAAAGAACUCCUUCCUGUCCUUUUUUGUUUUGUACCCCUCACUAAUCUUGCAAAUUUUACUGUAAGAUCAGCUUCACUAUGCAGCAGUUUGUCAGAUGAACAAUUCCCAGAUCCUGCUUUUCUUUGGGUUGUAGAACGUUGAAUCCAUAUAUAGGUCAGGGCUGUCCAAACUACGGCCCGCUAGACGUCAUUAGUUUAGUAAAGAAUCUGGCCCGUGGGGUGUUUUGAAAUGUGUUUUAAAAAAUUACACAAACAACCUCCCUUAGUCAUGACGCAAAGAAAAUGCGACCAACACCAAAAGUCAAGACACUUAUCACAACCUGCUCACUGAACUUUGUGGAUGUUAUAAAAAAGGACCAAGCACUAUACAUGAUUCAAAAUGACGCCCAGUGCAUGAUGGGAAAAAUGCAAAACGCUCUCUCCACACUUCUUUUGACUUUUUUGUAGGUAAUUGAGAAAAAUCUAUUUGGCACACUUAUCAAUAUUAGGCCCAUUAUACUGUUUGUAUAUAUUAUACAUGAUGUUUACACAUAUCAGCUGUCACUGAAGAUGCGUGUGAGACAAAGGAGUGUUGCCAAAUGUUUAAUAUAAUAUAUCGCAAAGAACUCCUUCCUGUCUUUUUUUUUUUGUACCCCUCACUAAUCUUGCAAAUUUUACAGUAAGAUCAGCUUCAGUAUGCAGCAGUUUCUCAGAUGAACAAUUCCCAGAUCCUGCUUUUCUUUGGGUUGUAGAACGUUGAAUCCAUAUAUAAGUCAGGGCUGUCCAAACUACGGCCCGCAAGACGUCCUUAGUUUAGUAAAGAAUCUGGCCCGUGGGGUGUUUUCAAAUGUGUUUAAAAAAAUGUACACAAACAACCUCCCUUAGUCAUGGCGCAAAGAAAAUGCGACCGACACCAAAAGUCAUCACACUUAUCACAACCUGCUCACUGAACUUUGUGGAUGUUAUAAAAAAGGACCAAGCACUAUACAUGAUUCAAAAUGACGCCCAGUGCAUGAUGGGAAAAAUGUAAAACGCUCUCUCCACACUUCUUUUGACUUUUUUGUAGGUAAUUGAGAAAAUCUAUUUGGCACACUUAUCAAUAUUAGUCCCAUUAUACUGUUUGUAUAUAUUAUACAUGAUGUUUGCACGUAUCAGCUGUCACUGAAGAUGCGUGUGAGACAAAAGGGUGUUGCCUGAUGUUUAGUAUAAUAUAUCGCAAAGAACUCCUUCCUGUCUUUUUUUUUUUUGUACUCCUCACUAAUUUUGCAAAUUUUACAGUAAGAUCAGCUUCACUAUGCAGCAGUUUCUCAUAUGAACAAUUCCCAGAUCUUGCUUUUCUUUGGGUUGUAGAAUGUUGAAUCCAUAUAUAGGUCAGGGCUGUCCAAACUACGGCCCGCAAGACGUCCUUAGUUUAGUAAAGAAUCUGGCCCGUGGGGUGUUUUCAAAUGUGUUUUAAAAAAUUACACAGACAACCUCCCUUAGUCAUGGUGCAAAGAAAAUGCGACCAACAGCAAAAGUCAAGACACUUAUCACAACCUGCUCACUGAGCUUUGUGGAUGUUAUAAAAAAGGACCAAGCACUAUACAUGAUUCAAAAUGACGCCCAGUGCAUGAUGGGAAAAAUGCAAAACGCUCUCUCCACACUUCUUUUGACUUUUUUGUAGGUAAUUGAGAAAAUCUAUUUGGCACACUUAUCAAUAUUAGGCCCAUUUUACUGUUUGACAUUUCUGAUUGAUUACAAAACUUUAUGAAGGUCGUCACAGAAGUAAACACGGUAAAAGUCCAACUUUCACAAAUUCUUCGUAUCUGAUUAUAGAAAAUAUAUAUCCCUUUUAUUAAUAUGUAUGUAUUCAUAUCGUGUGCGUGCGUGCGUGCCUGGCCACAUUUUUUUUUUUAGCCCAAUGUAGCCGCCAAGUUCAAAGGUUUGGACCCCCCUGCUAUGGAUAUUAAAGAUAUUGCUUGUAUUAACUUUGUCUUUUUAUAUAAUGAAGUAUAUGUACCACUAAUGCCAAUCAGGACCUGAUUUGGUGCCUGGAGUAGAUUUUCCGUUCAGGAAGUUUGUCUUUUGCAUAUCUAAAAACGAGAUUAAAUCAACUCCACAGUGCGUACGAACUCAACAUAAAUAAUGUAUGCCUCUUUUUUUUUUCUUCUCUGUGCCUGCAUGCCAUUUUUGCUGCCAUUGUUUAAUGUUUGCUUGCCCUUUAAUGUUGAGCGACACAAAACGUCAUACAGUUGUAUUUCAAUGCACUAGUGAUGACAUUUACUCUCAGAGCGCCGAUAAGCAGAGGUCUAAGGUCAUGGUUAGUCCCUCAUUGUUUCCCAGCCUAUAAACGUUGUGCUACUGUAACUUAAUAGCACACGUUUGUUUCUGCACUUUGUAAAUACCACAAUGAUUUCCUUCUACAACCUUUUUUCCGUCGUCUCUGUAACACUUAUUUAAUACAUGAUCUUCAAAGGAGUCAUCUCUGAUUCCGUGUUUUUUAUACUGCAUAUUUCUAGACAGCUGGAACUUGAAAUGUAAUAUUAAAAACUGCAGUAACUCCAAUGUGAAUGGAAAAAAAAUAAAGUAUUUGAAAAGCAA